AUGUUCCUUUUUUGGAUUGCUGUGUUUUCUCAGAACAAUGUGAGCGUUACUUUGAGAAAAGACCUUCAGAUAACAGCUCUGGCUACGAACCCCCAAAGCCAGCUAUUGGAAGCGGAGAUCCCCACAUGAUUACACUCGACGGUGUUCAAUACUCUUUCAAUGGUUAUGGCGAGUAUCAUGUCCUCCAGAUACCUCCUGUUGGCUUUGAGCUUCAGGGACGAAUGCAGCCUUUAAUCAAAGAUAAUGGCAGCAAUACUCUUGCCACUGGUUUUAAAGCGUUUGCAAUGAAGGAAAAUGUCUCGGAUGUCGUGCAGGUCCACAUUAUUGGCAGCCCGGGGAUUUUCCAAAUUUUGGUCAAUUGAGACUUGGUGGAAUUCGAGGAGUUUUCGAAGUUGGAUUUUAAUGGUUCUCAGUAUCAAAAAAUAGCAACGAAUCAAAACACUCCACCAUAUUUAACUCUGGAGUAUCCAUGACAUUCCAGAGAGUGGAGGAUAUUUUGAACAUGAUGCUGAUGAUACCACCAAAAUUUAAGGGAGCUACAAAAGGUCUUUUGGGGUUCUGGGACGAGAAUCAAGAGAACGACUUUUUGCUUCCCAAUGGAACUACCUUGAACCAUAACUCGAAUCAGUCCACCAUUCAUAAAGACUUUGGUCAGCUAUGGGUCACUUCAGCCAAUGAUUCUUUAUUCACAUACGAAGAAGGGAAGAACCAUUCUUCUCAUGUCGUUGCGGAGUAUGUUCCGAUAUUCUUGGAUCAAGCCAACUUGACGUUUGAAAACGCAACAUUGGGUCAAGAAGCUAAAGAUAUGUGUGGCGAUAGCAUACUAUGUCUGUUUGACAUCCACACCACCGGAAAAUUCAGCAUCGGAGACGCAACCAAACAAGCUCUAGAACUGUAUGCUGCAGAUAUAAAUGACACUCAGACACCAGCAUGCCCCCUAUUAAAAAACGAAAUUGGCAAUGGUACCGUGCUGAGAACUGAACAUCAAGAUGGUGGAGUAAUCUAUCGAUUCCAAUGUAACUCUUAUUUCUACCUGGACGGCUCGUCUGUCAUAUCUUGUUGGCGGGGACAGUGGAAUGGCUCAACACCGAGCUGUUUACCAGGUAAUGAGAUUAGAAAAAGGAUUCAAAAUAUUUAG